UCAUUUGUCCCCCAACAGUGCUCCAAUUUCCCCCACCAAACUAGUCUUCACGCCGUUUUAACUUCCAAGUCCACUGUAGUUAUCCUCAACUCAGCAGUUAAAAACAUCAGUUAGAGAGGUACGAUCGAGGGAGAUCGAGCAUUGGAAGUCUUCUACUGUAGAAGUUUGAAAGACAAGAAAAACAUUAAAUAUGUUUCUCAAAAUCAGUUGGCAAUUUGUUGGCAUAUUCACAAUUAGUUGGAAUUUAGCAUCACACUGUUAUUUUUCUUUUGCAUUUAAAACCAGCAACAUAUUUGUUUCUCACUCUCUCACCCAAUUCCAGUCCUCUCUCUCUCUCUCUCUCUCUCUCUCUCUCUCUCACAACAAAUCUCAUCGUGAGUAUACAAUGUUCGAAGAUGCGUCUUUUUUCGCUGGAAAUGUCAUAGUUUCCUGAUACUUUACCGAUUAAAGUUGACCGAAAGAUCUCUGGGUAUUGUCUGGAACGAGUCUUGCAGUAAUGGGUAAUCGGUUUAUUUGCAUGACAAAGAAGGAGGUCAAAGAAAAUGGCUCCAGGAGCAAGAGAAUGGGACGGUCUCAAAGGAAACUGCUGGCUGAGGAGGAGUUCUUGCACAAGCAGGCUUUAUCUAUGGCUCUCCAUCAGCACCAGGUGUCUCAGAGGUUCGAAGGAUCCAUGUCGCGGCGAAUCGGGUCGACUAGCUCUAGGAGACGCAAUCUCCCUGACGACCCAAUCUCUAAUGAAAAGCCGGCACCGGAUUUUCUGGAAAGGAUGAUAACAAAAAAAUUUAUUCUAAUACACGGGGAAGGCUUUGGAGCAUGGUGUUGGUACAAAACCAUUGCUCUGCUGGAGGAGUCGGGAUUGCUUACCACUGCCCUUGAUCUUAUGGGAUCCGGUAUUGAUCUGACGGAUACAAAUAGCAUCGCUACACUGGCGGAGUAUUCAAAGCCAUUGAUUGAUUAUCUACAGGGCCUUCCCGAGGAUGAAAAGGUCAUUCUGGUUGGUCACAGCAGUGGAGGUGCAUGCAUAUCUUUUGCAUUGGAACAUUUUCCACAGAAGAUAUCAAAAGCAAUUUUCCUUUGUGCGACAAUGGUAUCUAAUGGCCAGAGGCCUUUUGAUGUGUUUGCUGAAGAGCUUGGUUCUGCAGAAGGCUUUAUGCAAGAAUCAAAAUUUUUGAUUCAUGGGAAUGGAGAAGACAAACCUCCUACAGGAUUCAUGUUUGAGAAAGAGCAAAUGAAAGGACUAUAUUUCAAUCAGUCCCCGACGAAGGUUGGACAAAGAGAACCCCAAAGUCCUAAUCCAACAUUGGGAGCAGGUGCACCCACAACAGGUGUAUUUUGUACCAAGUGGAAAAGGGUCAUGUGUGUCGUAAAAAAACAAUAUCUAGUGCUUAACACAAUAUUCUUGUUUACUUACAGUGAUGUGGUAAUAGCUUUUCCCAAUGGAUUGGCUCGGCAAUGAUGAAUUCUGGUUACUUCUAAUUAGUUUUGGUUGGUUAGUUGGUGCCAAAGGUCGUAGAACAUUAGAAGCACAUUUCUAUUUUUGCAACCUACUGAACAAUCUAAAUGAAUAUUCCUCAAUAUGUUCCUCCUCGGGGAAUUAUUCUGAAAUUUUAUAUUAGUUUCUGUCACGUUCCAUGUUUUGGUCCCCAUUUGUUAUAACCUACGAAGCUUAUAAAACCUAGUUUAGCAAUUGUCCAUUCUUGUAGUUUUGCUCACAAGUAUGUGUCAUUGACUGCCUCAUUUUAAUCGAGUCGAUUCUAUGUCGUUCAAAGCCAAUAUUUAAGUUAGUUGUACCCCCGCCCAAAAAUAAAUAAAAAAUCUUCUCACAAGCUGUUCCUGUAGGCACUUGUUCUUUAUUCUAUGACGUUAAAUGUUUUUUUUUUUUGAACCAAGUAAAAAAUAUUUCUUACUUGGUAUUGAAGAAAAAUGUGAUGCAUUACAUUA